AUGGCCGCCAAGAGCGAGACCAAGCAGCAGGAUGCGGGCCCGGACCCGAUCUUGCUGUCACUCUUCGCCAAUCGCUUUAUGUCGGUCGCCGAAUCGAUGGGCAAGUCGCUGCAGCAGACCUCCAUCUCCACCAAUAUCAAAGAGCGACUUGACUUCUCCUGCGCACUCUUCAGCCCCGAUGGCUCGCUCGUCGCCAACGCACCCCACCUGCCCGUCCACCUCGGAUCCAUGUCAUUUGCGGUCAAGUUUCAGGUGGACUAUCUCGCUUCGAUCGGCGAAAAGAUGAAGCGCGGCGAUGUGAUCAUGGCCAACAUGCCCGUAGCGGGCGGCUCGCACUUGCCGGACAUCACCUGCAUCACGCCCUGCCACGCUGCCGACUCGGACGAGAUCAUCUUCUUCUGCGCCAGCCGUGGACACCACGCCGACAUUGGCGGCAUCACCGCCGGAUCCAUGCCUCCCACCUCCAAGACGCUCUUCGAGGAGGGCGCGCGCAUCAAGUCGUUCAAGAUCGUCAGCGAGGGCAACUUUGAUCGCAAGGGCCUCGAGCGGUACAUGCUUGAAGAACCCGCUCAGUACCCGGGCUGCUCGGGCACGCGCUGCUUCCGCGACGUCGAAAGCGACCUGCAGGCGCAGAUCGCUGCCAACCAAAAGGGCAUCAAUCUCAUCCACUCGCUCGUCGCCGAAUGGGGCCUCGACAUGGUGCAGCGCUACAUGGAGUACAUCCGCACCAACGCCGAGAUGGCGGUGCGCUCGCUGCUCAAGGACGUGGCCAAGCGCAUGGGCACCAACAGGCUGCAUGCGCUCGAGCACAUGGACGACGGAACGCCCAUCGAGCUCAACGUCGACAUCAACGCGGACGAGGGAUCGGCGGUGUUCGACUUUGAAGGAACGGGCCCCGAGGUGGCGGCCAACUUCAACUGCCCGCGCUCGGUGGUGUCGUCGGCGAUCAUCUACUGCCUGCGCUCCAUGGUGUCGUCCGAGAUCCCGCUGAAUCAGGGCUGUCUGACGCCGAUCGACAUCCGCAUUCCCAAGGGCUCGUUGCUCGAUCCGUCCGAGACGGCGGCGGUGGUGGGCGGCAACGUGCUGACGAGCCAGCGCAUCACGGACGUGGUGCUCAAGGCUUUCAACGCUGCGGCGGCAAGUCAGGGCGACACGAACAAUCUCACGUUUGGCCUGGGUGGCAAGGACAAAGAGGGUAACCACGUCGAGGGUUUCGGAUACUACGAGACGAUCGCGGGCGGGUCGGGAGCGGGGCCGUACUGGCACGGCACGUCGGGCGUGCAUACGCACAUGACCAACACGCGCAUCACGGAUCCCGAGAUCAUGGAGCGCAGGUAUCCCGUGGUGUUGCGCGAGUUUUCGCUGCGCGAUGGAUCGGGUGGCGAGGGACGCUUCCGUGGCGGCGAUGGUGUUGUGAGGGACAUUGAGUUCCUCUCGCCGGGCAUUCAGGUGUCGAUCUUAAGCGAGCGCAGGGUGUUUGCGCCGUACGGUCUCGAGGGUGGCGAGAGUGCCAAGAAGGGUCUCAACGUGUGGGUCAAGCAGCGCCGUCAAGCGGAUGGUGACCUGCGCGAGGGGGAAGAGGAGGGUCAGGCGCCGGCGCGUGUGAUCAAUCUCAGCGGCAAGAACACGACGCCCAUGGGACGGGGUGAUCGCAUCAUCAUCAAUACGCCCGGCGGAGGAGGUUGGGGCCGCAGGGAUGCAGAGCAGCAGGAUGGAGAGGAGAGGACGCCGAUCAACGAGCGCAAUGCAUCGGGCAGGAUGGCGCCGCUGCUCAACGACGACAAUUCGCCGAGCGGGGUGAUUGCCGCGAGCCAGGUCAAGGAGGACGCGCGCGAUGUGCACAGCGUGCGCGCGCCGCAUCAUACGACUAGGACCAAGGGCAGUGUGGCAGAGUGGAGCGCGAUUCAGCUGGGCGCCUAA